AUGUCUGGAACCACACAGUGCGGAAAUGAUGGUCAAUAUUCUCCAAAGCAUCUGGUGCGAAUGGAAGAUAUCUAUUCUGUCCCGGGCGGCUCAUCCAGUAUCCCCCAGAAUGAUUCUUGGACUUCUAGCUUUGAUAUUUCCUCUCAGGUUGCAUUUCAACCAUGGGAAAACUCGGGAAUAGAAACAAUUCCAGAUGUGAAAAUGAAUUCAUCAAGUUACAAGAUAAUGGAUAUCUCUGAUGAUGGGACGCAUUUUGAUCCAAACCCCACAUCUCUUCCAAUAAAUAAACAUGACAAGUCUUUUACGGCAUGGAAAGACAACGGCUUUCGCUUUUGUGCGGUGUUAGGAGCCCCAACUGCGCUGACUCGGAAUAUCAAAGAUCCAACAUUGAGCUACCUCAACAAGGGACAGGCCUAUAAGCUAUCAAUCUUUGAUUCCAAGCCGCAUGUGGUCAAUGGUCAAACCAAACAAUAUCGCACAUUUGUCCGAGUGGCAUUUGAUCAAGAUACGCCAAGAUCGAACCCAGCCGCUUGUUGGCAACUGUGGAGAGAGGCCAAGGCAAUUAGUAAAAAUUCUCAAAAAGAAAAUUUCCCGCUCGCUGUUGAAUUUUCUGGCCCUGUAAGUUCUGAUUUUCAAUAUCAGAUUGAACAAGAAUUUUUCGAUGGUUUCUGUAUUACUUGGGAAAUGGACUCUUCCACUGGCACGGGUUCCACUCUUUGCGAUAUAUUGAUUCGGCUUCAUUUCCUAUCCACCGACUUUACCCGUUCAAAAGGAGUAAAAGGAAUGCCCAUUCGCCUUUGUGUGAAGACCCAGGAGUUGGCGUCUCCGGUUGACUUUCUACACCCCGAAGACCCAGAAAUCAGUUUCUGCAAAAUACAGCUCUUCCGUGACCAUGGCGCUGAACGGAAGAUGUCUAAUGACAAUGAUAAUCUUGCCAAGGCGAUAGAAAAGCUGAAGCUGAAGAUAUCAAGUGCUACAACGAAGCCAGUUGCACAGAAGCGCAAGAGAGGGCCCUCAGAGUUAGUUGAUCAAGUUCUUGACUCAAUGCCCGGUUCAAAGUUUGAGAUGCAACAUCCAAGCAAUCAUGGAAUGGAUUCCAAGUUGGCCGAACUCGAACAAAUGGCUCUUUUUACACAGCCAACAACCAUCUUAGCUCUCCGUGGAAGCAAGGAAGAUGACCCAGAUCUAUACCCAGUUCAUAUGCUGGAUUACCAGGAGAGCGACAACUCCUCUGAGAUCUCUCCGAUGGAUGAUAAUAAAUCCAAUUAUAGUGACUCAGAAGGUUUCACGUCCCUUGGUACUAAUGAUGGUGUCAGGGAGGCUGGGGUUCACAGAAUACCAGUCAAUCAAAGACAGCGUAUUGGAUCGACGUCUAGUGCUGUAUCCUCAGAGCGGCCACCCUCGCUAGUGGCAUGCUUCUAUGUUCGCCUCAUGCUGGAGAACUCUCAACAGUUUUACCGUGCAAUCUACCUGUCAGAACGUACAACCAACGACUUGGCACAGGCAAUCUCUAGGAAGUAUGGGAUCACCCUGACUAACGAUCUCAUCAUAUUUCAUGUUGGCGACAAAAAUAUUAAAGUAUUAGUUGACGAUGGAUUCGUUGAACAGAUUCCAGAAGGUCAGCACAUAGGCAUUCAAUUAGAUGGAAAUGCAACCUUAGAUGGGGUCACGGAAUUUUGUGCGAUGCGAUUGCUUUAUUGA